AUGUCAAACGUUGGCUUUCUUGAAUUCCAAUACAAGCUUUCGCAAAACAAGUUCUUGCAGAAACCGUCGCGCUUGUUUUCCAGGGACAGGCAAAACUCUGGGUUAUUAACUGCUUACCAACCUGAUUUGGAUGAACUAAGGAAAGUUUUUGAUAAGCUUGAUUCCAACAAAGAUGGGAAGAUUUCUCAGAUGGAGUACAAGGCCAUGUUGAGGGCACUAGGGCAAGGAACAAUGACUCAAGAUGUACCCAAGAUCUUUCAGUUGGCCGAUAUUGACGGAGAUGGGUUUAUCAACUUCAAGGACUUUGUGGAAGUACACAAGAGGAGCGGUGGGGUGACGAUAAUGGACAUACAGAAUGCUUUCCACACAUUCGAUCUCAACUGCGAUGGCAAAAUAAGUGCAGAGGAAGUGAUGGAAAUGUUGAGGAGGCUUGGAGAGAGUUGCAGCUUGGAAGAGUCCAGGAAAAUGGUGAAAGCAGUGGACACCAAUGGUGACGGUAUGGUCGACAUGGAUGAAUUUAUAACCAUGAUGACUCGAACUAUGAAGCUAGAUUAAAAGAGGCAUUUCAUUUCGGUUUGGGUCUGAUUGUUUCUUUAAUAUCCCAAUGUAACUUUUGAUUUCUCAGUUUAGAGAGUGAAAGGUUUGUUUGUCAAAUAACAACAAUUUGUGUGUGCUACUGUCAAAGAA